AUAGCGUGAUAACAGAAUACAAUCCUACAAAAUGCAGCGGGCUAAAGAAAACAUUGUCGGACCAUACCGCCUUAAACUAAAUCAUAAUGCAAAGACGAGGUAUGACGAAAAAAUAAAGGGAAUCAAAGGACUGGAUCCUUAUGAGCAUAGCGACUGGUCAGGGAACGUCAACCUGCUGCCCAACUUCCAGCACCCAUAUAUAUACAACUACAUGAUAUUAAGUGUUAGUGCGUACACGCACGAAGUUUUCAGUAACUUCAAGUCGCUGCAGCAGGCCCAGGUCUUUUUUACAGAUGGGUGGGUCCAGGACCUGGAGAUGGUAAAAGUGGGGCAGAAAACUGUCGUCCGUUCAAAGGUGAAUCACUCCAUGCGACUCAGCCAGAAGCCCCUACAGCCAUGGGUCAUACUUACAGCAUGUGGGGAAGUGGAGAGCGCUCACUGCACUUGUAUGGCUGGUGUGGCAGAGAAGUGCGCACAUGUGGCAGCCCUCCUGUACAAGAUCGAUACAACUGUGCGUCUGCGGGGAAAUGUGACUCCAACAGAUGUUGAAGCGUACUGGGUGAUGCCCUCCAAUAUAACCAAAGUGCAGGGAGUGCCUGGCCAUACUAUUGACUUUACAACAAGCUCUGCCCGAAAAAAGGCACUUGAUCGGUCAGUGUGUGGAGACACCAGCACAGCACCCAAGAUCCGGACCCGCUCAGGUGGCACAUGUUUACCACAGAAGACACUUGCUGAUUUAAAACCCCUCACAGAACUCAUGCAUGCACACAGGUCCGGACUGUGCUCUGUAAUGGAGGAAUUCUGCCACCUCUAUGUUGACCCCAUUCAGCCAUGUGUCCUGCCCAAGUCACUGCUGCGUCUUCGCGACCCACAAAUGGAUGGCUGUGACUUGUCGGUCCUGCUUCAACACUGUGAGGGCCUGACACACCUUGUGGCAGUGACAGCCACAGAGGCAGCUGCACUGGAAAAGAACACAAGACAGCAGCACAAGUCUGACAUAUGGCACAGCACACGGGCUGGAGGGAUAACCGCCUCCAUCAUACACGCUGUUGUCUCCACCUCCAUAACCAGACCAGCAAAGUCAACUGUGCAAAAGGUGUGCUAUCCACAGAAACCUUCACUGAGACAGACUGACAAUGGCCCAGAGGCCAUUAAAUGGGGGAGAGAAAAAGAGGCUACGGCAAGGGUCUCCUACAUCACACAGACGGAGCUGCGGCACAGGGACAUGAAAGUGGAAGACUGUGGAUUUAUAAUCAACCCUUCUUUCCCUGAAAUAGGCGCAACUCCUGACGCACUUGUGCAUUGUGCAUGUUGCGGGAAAGGAUGUGUGGAGAUUAAAUGCCCUUUUAAGCACAAGGACCAUAACAUUCUACAGGCAUGUACUGACAAGGAGUUUUGUCUGCAGUUCACAGAAGGAAGGAUGGAGUUGAAGCAGACCCACAAGUACUACAAACAGGUACAAACUCAGAUCUUUGUCACCGAGUCACAGUUCUGUGACUUUGUUGUUUGGACGACCAAAAGCCUUGCAACUGUGCGUGUCAUGCCUGACGUAGAACUAUGGGAAACACUUUUGCCAACAGCACAGACUUUUUUUUACAAGGUUGUCCUACCUGAGCUUGUAGCCCGUCACUACACUCAACCCCCACCCCCUGUGCCUUCAGCUGAGCUACCUGUGCCUCCAGCCGAUUCCCAGCCCACAGACAAACCCAAAAAACGAGCACAGAAGAGCACAGUCAGAAAAACAUUGGCCACAUUACAGCCAGGUAAAACACCCAAGCACAAGGUUGUCCCACCAGCCCCUACCAGCACCCCCCCUUCAGCUGACCUACCUGUGCCUUCAGCUGACCUACCUGUGCCAUUAGUUGAUUCACAGCCCACAGACAAAAACAAAAAACGAGCACGAAAAAAGACAAUCAAAACACCAUUGGCCACACUGCAGCCAGGUAACACCCCCCAGCCCAAAAGAAGGGCAUGUGAAAAGACUGUGUUGUGGUAA